AUGCGAGGACUUCUGGCAGGACACCCGAAGGGGAAGGAGACUCAGAGACUCUCAGCUCUGCCAGCAGCUGGAUCCAUCUCUGAUGGGAGCCCCAGGACUCGGGUGGAUCCAGUGACAGAGGUGGCCAUGGCCCUGAGAGGACCCUGCCCUUUGCUCUUCCUGACCCUGGUCCUACUGGUAACCUGCCUGGCCCAGAUCAUCAGACCACCCGACAGCUACCAAAACUUUGUGAGUGAACACGUUGAUUUCCCCAAGACCAAACCCCCCAAGGGCCAGAGCUACUGCGACCACAUCAUGCGGCGCAUGAGCCAGAACAUGGCUGCCUGCAAACUCACCCACACCUUCAUCCACGCCCCCGCCAGCCAGCUCCGGACCAUCUGCACUAGCAGAGGGAGAUGCAACCUAUACAAUGAAUGUGACAGCAACGCAGCCUACCCCGUCACCACCUGCUGGCUGAACAGACCCCCUCACCCACGAAGCUGUGUCUAUAGGGGAAUACCCCAGAUCCGCAGGAUCCGCGUGGCCUGUAUCUGGGGGCUGCCCGUGCGCUUCCUCAGAGUCGUGGAGGACCCAGACGCCAAUAGCAUCGACAACAAGGAGCCCGUUUUUGCUUUGUCACUGGGUCACCGUAAUGUGUACUGGAUGCCGCUGACAGAGCGGAAUAACCAGAAGUCAUGUCCUAUUUACCGCAGCGAGCAUUCACAGGUGGAGAAGGAGAAGGAGAAGGAGAAGAAAGCUAACCAGUGCUACUACACUGUACCACCUGCCACCAAAGAAGGGCAGGGGAGAAGGAUGCCUGCUGUUCAUUGUCCCAGACGUGGUCUAUCAAGCAGCAUGCAGUAG